UAACUUCAAGCUCGACUUGCUCAAAUUGAAGAAGGAGGAGCUGGUGAAGGUUGGCGAGUGGAAGCCCGGAUCAGGCGUUAACGUGACCGACGUCGGUGCUUUUUACGAGACCAGCGCCACUAAUAUCACCCUGGUCGUUAUGACCAGAGAGGAAAAACCAUACGUGAUGGUAAAGGAGGACAAGAAUCUGACAGGGAACGCGAGGUUCGAGGGAUUCUGCAUCGAUUUGCUCAAGUGGAUCGCUAAUCAGGUCGGGUUCCAGUACGCCAUAAGAUUGGUGCCUGAUCACAUGUAUGGCGUUUACGAUCCAAAGACCAAGGAGUGGAAUGGAAUCGUUAGAGAGUUGAUGGAAAAGAGAGCGGAUCUGGCCGUCGCAUCCAUGACGAUCAAUUACGCUCGGGAGAGCGUGAUAGAUUUCACCAAGCCAUUCAUGAAUCUCGGUAUCGGAAUUCUGUUUAAGGUGCCCUCCAGCCAGCCAACGCGGUUGUUCUCCUUCAUGAACCCGUUGGCCGUUGAGAUCUGGCUGUACGUGCUGGCCGCGUACAUGCUUGUGAGCUUCACCCUCUUCGUUAUGGCUCGAUUCAGCCCGUACGAGUGGAACAAUCCACACCCGUGCCUGGGGGAGAGCGACAUCGUCGAGAACCAGUUUAGCGUCAGCAACAGCUUCUGGUUUAUUACCGGCACGUUCCUCAGGCAGGGCAGCGGGCUCAACCCCAAGGUUUCCGCUCGAACGCCGUCGAGGCUGUUCUCGUUCAUGAAUCCUCUCGCCGUGGAGAUUUGGUUAUCCAUGCUGGGCGCUUACGUGAUGGUCUCCCUAACGAUUUGGAUAGUGGCGAGGUUCUCGCCUUACGAGUGGGUGGAACCUACACCCUGUCCGAGCUGCAAAUGUCCGCUACAGGGUGGUCACGUGAGCGCGUUGGAUCCUGACAGCGACGACAUUCCUCUGCUGAGGACGGUCAACGAGUUCACCCUGGCCAACAGCUUCUGGUUUACGGUCGGCACGCUUAUGCAACAGGGCAGCGACCUCAACCCCAAGGCAACAAGCACGAGAAUAGUUGGUGGAAUCUGGUGGUUCUUCACAUUGAUCAUCAUCUCAUCUUACACGGCAAAUCUGGCUGCGUUCCUCACCGUCGAGAGAAUGAUCACGCCGAUCGAGAACGCAGCUGAUCUCGCUGAACAAACGCAAAUUUCGUAUGGAACGUUAGAGGGUGGAAGUACAAUGACGUUUUUCAGGGACUCGAAGAUCGGUAUAUACAAGAAGAUGUGGGAGUUCAUGGAGUCGAAAUCGCCCUCGGUUUUCGUGAAAAGUUACGAAGAUGGGGUGAAGAGGGUGCUCGAGGGUGACUACGCUUUCCUGAUGGAGUCGACAAUGCUCGAUUAUGCUGUACAACGAGAUUGCAAUCUCACGCAAAUCGGGGGCCUGUUGGACAGCAAAGGCUAUGGAAUUGCCACUCCGAAAGGCUCGCCCUGGAGGGAUAAAAUAUCUUUGGCGAUUUUGGAGCUACAGGAGAAGGGUGUGAUACAGAUUCUGUACGAUAAGUGGUGGAAGAAUACCGGGGACGUGUGCAACAGGGACGAGAAGAGCAAGGAGAGUAAGGCGAAUGCGUUGGGAGUUGAAAAUAUCGGUGGUGUCUUUGUCGUGCUGGUUUGCGGCCUGGCUCUGGCCAUCCUCGUCGCAGUCCUCGAAUUCUGCUGGAACUCGAAGAAGAACGCCCAAUCGGACAGGUCCCUGUGCGCCGAGAUGGCCUCGGAAUUGCGGUUCGCCAUGCGGUGCGGCUCGCGGCAAAGACCAGCCGCGAAGGCGCGCAAUUCCGACGCCGCGGUGCCGUGCGACCGUUGCAGCCCGCGUGCCACGAGGAGGAGAACGCGAUAUUGUUCCACCGGCCACGAAGAGACCACCUACAUACCGAGCAUCGAGAUACCACGGUUAAAUGCAGGAGGGUGGAGCAUUGUCGAUGACGGAGAUGAAGAAAUCAUUGAGCUUCGAUCAAGUGGGAGCGGCCCGUGGCGGGAACACCUAGCACAGGCCUCAUCCUCAUCUUCAUCCUCAGCAGCAGCAACAGCAACAACAACAACCGCCACCGUGCAAAGCCACGCCCACGCACACACGUCACACACACUGCCACUCACAUUCACACAGCCACAGUCACAGCCAUACGCACAAACACCAACCACCCCCACCGAGGCAGAGACGGGGCUCUUCAAGCAUCGUCUUGGGUCAAGGAGGUGACCAUCCUGAGAGUAUUCUCUGGAGAUUCGACUGCGACCUGGCAGGUGAGCCAGACGUGGUGAUAUCGCCGCCGCCACCGCCACCCCCACCCUCGGCGGCCGUAUCGAGGACCACGACCCUUUGACC